UGCGCGGGAGACUUGUUAUCAUCACGUGACCGUACCUCCUGCAGCAGUUGCCAGUAAGUGCUGGAAGUGAUGAUGAAACCAGGAGAAAUAACCUUUGCCGACGUGCGGCUCACAGUUUUAUUAGUUAGUCUUGACUCUGUCGGUCUCUGUUAAAUUCCUUCUCAGUGUUUUCCGGCCAGAAGCCGUUUUAAACCGCAGACUAGCUUCACUGCUAGCUUUAGCCGAAGCGCCUCGGAGGAAGAACUGAACUCACUGUUUCAGGAUGCACCGCAGGCAGAGGACAUCCCACCUGGGCUUGCUGUUGCUGGCCUCCCAGUUGUUCCAGGUGGGUGUGGACAACGUCCCCCCUGUGACUCUGGCAGUGCUGGGUGUCAACGUUUACCUCUUCCUCUUCCCAGCGGCCCCACUCCUAAAGACCUGUGUGAGCGUCCAGCAGGCGUACUGGUCCAGCGACUGGCGCCGGCUGCUGCUGUCCCCGUUCCACCAUGUGGACGACUGGCAUCUGUAUUUCAACAUGGCGUCCUUUCUGUGGAAGGGGAUGAAGCUGGAGCGCCGGCUGGGCGGAGCCUGGUUCCUCUACCUGCUCUCGGUCUUUUCUCUGCUCACCGGCUUGGUGUAUCUGCUGCUGGAGGCGCUGCUAACAGAACUGACCGACGACCCGUCCUACAGCAUGGCCUGUGCCGUCGGCUUCUCGGGCGUCUUGUUUGCGCUGAAGGUGCUCAACAACCAUUACCACCCAGGAGGUGCGACGUACGUGAUGGGGCUGCCCGUGUCUAACCGCUAUGCUAGCUGGGUGGAGCUGGUGCUGAUCCACAUAACUUCACCCGGGACGUCCUUCGUUGGUCACCUGGCAGGAAUCCUGGUGGGUCUGCUCUACACCUCUGGACCACUGAAGACCAUCAUGAAGAGAUGUGCAGAUUUGGUCACGUCGAACGGACACGGCGCACACCACCACGCCUACUACCGCUCUGCCGGCACUUCAGGUUACGGUGGCAGUAAUGGAGGAUACUCUGGAAACUUUCACUACGCAGCACAUCACAGCACAAACCAAGCAGCUUCUUAUUCAGGCGGGCUGACGGAGGAGCAGCAGCUAGAGGAAGCCAUUAGAAACAGUCUGAAUGAUCGAGGACAAACCCACGGGGGAGGCGAUCCUCCUCCUUACGGCUUCAGCCUCCCUCAGGAGCCCAGUGCUGAGGAGAUGAGGUGGAGGAGGCUGAGGAGGUUUGACAGCUGAACUUUCAGCCAGCAGCAGAGAAGAAGAAGAAGAAAAGGGCUUUUGGUGGCAGGAUUUCCCUGAAUAAAGCGAUCUAACAUCAGCUUUUCACCACGUGGAGAGCUCCACCACAGGGUUUUUUAUUUUUUAUGUUUACGUGCUUCUGACUUAUUAUUAUUAUUAUUAACGAGCCAGCGACAGCCAGAGAGAAAACCGACCAAUGAGCAGAGUUUGUAUGUGGGACGUAAUGGUUGUAAAACGGGUAAAUCCUGAUGUCGUAAAUGCAAUUUGCAUCCAUCUCUUGACAUUUAUUUUGAUAUCUGAUGAAUAAUGACUUAAACUGAAUUCUUCAAUGAUUGGUUUGGGCAGUGAAUCUUUGCUUAUGAUGCUGCAAACCCUGUUCAGUGUUAUAUCAGUCUAUGCUAAUAACUAGCUGCUUAUGUAGGAAAUAAGCAAAUAAAGAGUUUUCCUCGUCGUUGUUGAUGGACAAAAUGACAGUCGAGCUAACUCCACCUGUGUAAUGUGCACAGGCUUUUGUCCUUAUGAUAAAACUCAUUAACGAACAUUCAGUUUUAAAUGCAGCUGAGCGUUGGAUGUGAAAUCUUAAGCCUUGUUUUCCAAAUGGAUUAUGCUUAGUUUUAAGAGCGACAUUUAUUUUUGUACAUUUUUAUACGACUUGUUAAAGAAUGUCUUGCCACAGGUGAGGCCUUCUGUCUGGAUGUACUGCCUCACUUUGUUGGUAUCCUUGCCAAAUAUGUGCAAAUGGCCUUAAAAUAAAUGUAUCAACUUUUUCUGUUG